UCUGUAUCCCUUCCAAAGAGAAAGGAGAAAGCAUCUUUCUAUUUAAGAAUCUUGCAAGGAUAAACGUUCGAACUGCGAACACCACACAGAAAUGGAAACCUUAGCUCUAUUCACGUUGUUCUCAGUACUCCUCCUUUCAGCAGCAGUGUGGGUUUAUGCAAAGUCAAGCAAGAAAGCCCGGCCGCCAUUGCCACCGGGGCCGCUCGGCUUCCCCGUGGUGGGAUACUUGCCUUUUCUCCGCCCCAAUUUACACCACCACUUCACAGACCUCGCCCGCAACUACGGCCCCAUCUUCAAGCUCCAACUUGGGAGCUGCCUUGCUGUGGUAGUCAACUCACCCUCCAUCGCAAAACAGGUGGUUCGCGACCACGACGCCGUUUUCGCUAACCGCGACCCGCCCAUAGCCGCGAUUGUCGGCACGUAUGGCGGCCGCGAUAUCGCCUUCGCCCCAAGCGGCACCUACUGGCGGGACCUCCGCAAGGUGUUUGUACGGGAGAUGCUGAGCGGCGCCAAUCUUCGAGCUUGCUACGAGCACCGGAGAGAAGAGGUUAGGAAGGUCAUUAGAGGUGUGAAAUCGAGGAUAGGAGAGCCUGUUAACAUUGGGGAAUUGGCUUCUUCGACUGAACUGAAUGUUGUGGCGAGAAUGAUUUGGGGAAGUACUUUGGGAUCUGAUGAAGAAAAGAAUGAAAAGAUUGGAGCAGUGUUUAGGGAGUUAAUGGGGAAGUAUGUUGACACGUUUGCUGAGCCCAAUAUCUCUGAUUUCUUCCCCUGGCUUGCUAGAUUCGAUUUGCAGGGGAUACAGGCAAAGAUGGAGGGUAUGAGGAAGGAUGUGGACAAUAUUUUGGAGCCCAUCAUUAAGGAAGGUGUAAGGAUAGUUUCUGAGAAAUCUAGGAGUGUGAGCGAGAGUGACGAAAAGAAGGAUUUUCUGCAGAUCCUUUUAGAGCUGAAGGAGCGUGAUGAUAUUGGGAGAUCAUUGGAUUUCCAAGCAAUCAAGGCAAUAUUGCUGGAUAUUGUGAUAGGGGGGACGGACACCACAGCCACAAUGGUAGAGUGGGUUAUGACAACAUUACUUGAUAAUCCAGAGAUAAUGAAAAAGGUCCAGAAGGAAUUAGAGGAGAUUGUAGGACUAAACAAUAUUGUUGAAGAGGUCCAUCUACCAAAGCUCAGCUAUUUGGAUGCAGUUGUGAAGGAGACAUUCCGUUUAUACCCAGCAUUACCACUUCUAGUCCCCAGGUGCCCAACUAAUACUACACAAGUUGGUGGAUACACAAUUCCUAAGAGCACUAGAGUCUUUCUGAAUAUGUAUGCAAUACAUAGAGACCCUCAACUUUGGGACAAUCCUUUGGAAUUUAGGCCUGAAAGGUUCCUUAACCAAACUUCGUCUGGUUUAGACUAUACAGGCAAUGAUCAUAGGUUUUUGCCUUUUGGAUCUGGGAGGAGAAUUUGUGCUGGCAUUCCUUUGGCAGAGAAAAUGCUUAUAUAUAUUUUGAGUUCACUGUUGCACUCCUUUGACUGGCAUCUUCCUGAAGGUGAAAAUCUUGACCUAUCUGAUAAAUUUGGGAUAGUCACUAAGAAAUGUGUUCCCUUGAUUGUUGUGCCAGCACAGAGAUUAUCUAAAUUCGAACUUUAUCAAUAAUCUUAUAUAGAAAUUUGCCUUUAUGUAAAUGGCAUAAUGGUGUGCCAAGUACCAUAAUCUAUGUAUGCAUACUAAAUGGCAUUACUACAUUAGUGUGUAAUUGUGUGUAAUUUAGUUCUUUCCCAUUGUAGUGCAUAUACUCAUACCUACUCCACUACCUGAUGCGUUGAUUGGUCAUUAAUUGAAGAACUAACCUAUUUCUCUUU